CUGCUGCUGUGCCUGUGUGGGAGUGGGAAUGGGGCUGUGUUCUGGCUCCUCAGCUUCUGCAUCCACAGGAACCCCGUCACCCCCUGUGUGCUCAGCCUGGCCAUGCCUGGCUCCACCUUCCUGCUCUCCAUCACCAUCACCCUGGGGAUAUUUUCUGUCCCAGAGAUCUUCUGGCACCAGCUGGGCUCGUGGGGUGUGACAGCUGGGCUGAAGGUCCCCAUCCUCUUGGCUUUCACUGCCACUGUCUCCUCUCUGACAGCCCUCAGUGCUGUCACAGCUCUGUUUGUCCUCCUGUCCUGCUGGCCCUGCCCCUGCUCCCAGUGCUUCCUGAUGCUCCUGUGUGCCCUGCUCUGGCUGCUCUCCUUCCUGCUCACUGCCACCCUCCAUUGCUGCUCUUUGGUGCCCAUGGCCUUGGUGCUGAGCUGCCCCUUCUCAGUGCUCAGCCUGCCCUGCUCUGCUCUGGCCCUGCUGGCCAGUCUCUUGUGCUGCUCAUGGAAACAGCUGCCAGGGAAGCUCUGUGCCCUGCUCCUGCUGCUCGUCAUCUCCUUCCCCUUCUUCACUGCUGAUUUUGGGCACUGGCUCUUGCUGAGGGUGUUUGACUUCUCUGUCUUUGCCCCCAACCCCUCUCUCCUGCUCACCUGUGCCAACAGCAGUGCCCUCCUUCUGAUUGACUGCCUGGCUGGGAGCUGUGCAAAGGAAUUCACCCCCUCUGGUAGUGCUGCCUUCCAGAGGGCUUUUGAGACUUUAGUGUCAGAGCCUGGCAGUAGGCACAAUGCAGUGGAAUCAGUAUGA